CUCGAGCUCAGCUCCUCCGAAAGAAAGUACCAAACAAGCACACAUGCAAACAGCGAACGAAAUGAGUCCGAGCAUCACUGCUGAGGGCGCCCAGCCUCAUCCUGCUCGUUCCACCGUGGCCCAGAGAAAACAAGCCCACGAACUCAGAAAGACUUUGAAGCCCUUGCUGGAGAAGCGAAGACGCGCUCGCAUCAAUGACAGCCUGAAUCACCUGAAGAGCCUGAUUUUGCCUCUUGUCGGCAAAGACAACGCACGUUACUCCAAGCUCGAGAAAGCUGACAUUCUGGAGAUGACCGUGCGCUUCAUCAGAGAUCUUCCUUCCUCCCCAGUCAAAGAGGCUGCAGACAGUUACAGAGAAGGUUACAAAGCUUGCCUCCAGCGGGUCUCUGCCCUGCUGCCCAAAACCAGCCUGGACCAGGAAGCGUGCCGGCGGGUGCACGACUUCAUCCAGCAGACCAUGUCCUCCGCAGUCACGCCGACCUGCCUGAACUGCUGCGCCCAGAGCACCAGGGCUCUCCCUCAGAUCCAGCAGAGGCUCUUGAGCCUCAAGUCCAGCUUCGGGUCCGGCCUGGAGAGCCAGUCCCGCGGCGGCCUGGGCGCCGGGGCUCCCACCCGAGCGCAGGCCCUCCAGCAGCCGCUCAGCGCUGCCAUGUGGAGGCCUUGGUAGAUCUGACGGACGUAGAUUUAUCUCGUCUUUGUCGUUCGUUAGAAUGUAAAUUAUUUGUGUUUUAUCGUUGCUUUAGAAACGAAAAAAAAAGUGAUGAAACUGCCAUGUAGGACGUUGAUUUUGCUUUUGAGUCUGCCUGAAAGCAGACGCACAGAUCGCAUGAUGGACGUUUAAGAAUGCAAUCCUCUUUGGGGUUUCAAAGAGACGGGUUGUAGACAACACUUUUGUAAAACCCCAAGGGUUAUUUUAAUGGAGGGUUGCACUGUGGGCUUGAAGCUAUUUUGGUCUGUGCGACGGAAAAGUCUGUAAACACUAUGUGUUCAAUAUAAGUAUUUAUAGUUUAUUUGUGACAUGUAAAAAAAAAACCUGUUUCCUGACAUUUGUGAUGUGUAUUUUAUU